AAAGCGCAUCAUGCGCUGGCGUCUGAGUAACAAUAGAGGGCGCUCUUCACUAUCAAGAUGGCGACUCGAGCGUUGUCUCCUGCAAAGCAGGCUUGGAAAAGAGGUUUCGUACCAUGGCUGAAGUAUGCAUGGGACAAUGAACCGGUUCUGGUAGCAUCUGCAGUCCUGGGAUUGGCUUCACCCCUCGUGUACUUGGCAUGGCCGUGGAAGGACAGGGCUUCCGAGACGAACAGACUCAUGCCGACUAGGUAUCCCACUCCAAUCAGAUAUGUAGAAGGCAAGACUGGACCACCAACAUCAAUAUGACGUUCAGCAAGUGAAUUUUUUGAGCCAAGUUCCUCCUCAUCACACCGUGCAUGACAUUUACAGUUUCAAUAUUUAUUUCAUAAGAAUUUUAAUUUCUUUUUCUCUUUCUUUUGUCAAAUCAUUGUACACAGUCUUAAGGAGCAAUUUUUGAACUUAACAUGCUUAAAAAGUUUCCAUUAGACAACCACAUCUUGUUCUAUUCAGAAACACACUCUUACUGGUUGUCAGUAAUGUUUUUGCAUGACAAAAGUUGACUCAUCAGUUUGUUGUUUUACACAAAAUUUCAUAGAUGGAAAUUUUUUUUACUGAAUGCAUGGAAAAAAGUGUGUUUUCAAAAUGUACAUUUUGUAACAGGCUGUGUGAAGUUGGUCAACAAUUUUGAUUGUUACAAUUUUGUGUGAAAAACAUUUUGAUUGUGUGAAAUAUAUUCUUUAAGAUUUAAAGUUUGAUGUCUAUUGAAGUUUGGAAUGACUAAAAUAUUAUUAUCUUUGAUGACUGACUUCACAAGCACAGUACAAAAAAGGGGCUUCACAAUAUCCAGAAAUGCUCACAACAAAUUAGACAAUAGGAUUUAAAUGUAAUACAAUCAACAAAAUAGAUUGAAAUCAAUACAUUUCUGAAAAAUCCUCGAAAUUAUUGAUUUUAGAGCCAUACUCUCUUAAAGAUGACCAUUUAUGAAUAAUUAAUUGUGUUGUUUUUUGGCAAAAUAGUCGUGAUUUAAAUCAUUUUUGGUAUAAGAAUGCUUAAUGAUAAAUGUUUGUAGUGUAAUAAAAGCAAAAAGUAAACUUUUUUUUUGUAAUGUA